AUGUCCGAGUCGCCAGCCGGUACGUCACCGGAUCGCGACGGCAUAUAUCCAUCAAAUGGCCAGACAUACGACAAGUACCAUUUCCAGGAAAAGAACGUUCACAUGGAUGACAUUGAGUUGGACGAUGAAGAGGAGGAUGAGGACAUAGAUCAGCUCAUCGAAGAUCUAGAGUCACAAGAUGGCGAAAACGCCGACUACGAAGAGGAAGAAGCGCAACAACCAGGCGGCGCACGCCUCAUCCCAGAAGAACUUCUACAGACUGACACGCGCAUUGGCUUGACGUCCGCAGAGGUACUCAUACGGCGGAAGAAAUUUGGCGAAAACAAAAUGAAAGAGGAGUCAACGAACAACUGGGUCAAAUUUCUGAUGUUCUUUGUCGGACCAAUCCAAUUUGUCAUGGAAGCGGCUGCCAUUCUCGCUGCAGGACUCCAGGACUGGGUCGACUUUGGUGUCAUCUGCGGCUUGCUCCUCCUAAAUGCGAGUGUAGGCUUCAUCCAAGAGUACCAGGCUGGCUCCAUCGUGGAAGAACUGAAGAAGACGCUGGCCCUCAAGGCUACUGUAUUACGCGACGGCACUUUGAUUGAGAUCGAAGCAUCUGACGUGGUGCCUGGCGACAUUCUGCAAGUCGAGGAGGGCGUCAUCGUUCCAGCUGAUGGGCGCAUCGUUACGGAGAAUGCGUUCGUGCAGGUUGAUCAAUCUUCGAUCACUGGAGAAUCAUUGGCUGUCGACAAGCACCGAGGAGAUACGUGCUACGCAUCUUCUGCAGUCAAGCGCGGCGAGGCUUUCGUUGUGAUUACAGCUACCGGCGAUUCGACGUUUGUUGGGCGUGCAGCAUCGCUCGUUGCAAGCGCUUCCAGCGGGCCCGGUCACUUCACCCAGGUACUGCACGGCAUUGGAACGAUUCUGUUGGUUUUGGUCAUCGUUUCAUUGCUGGUUGUCUGGAUAAGCUCUUUCUAUCGAUCAAACGACAUCGUCACUAUCCUCCGGUUCACACUCGCGAUAACGAUCGUCGGAGUGCCUGUCGGUCUUCCUGCUGUUGUAACGACGACUAUGGCAGUCGGUGCGGCUUACCUAGCCAAGAAGCAAGCUAUCGUGCAGAAGCUCUCGGCCAUUGAAUCGCUUGCUGGUGUCGAGAUCUUGUGCUCUGACAAAACUGGAACGCUGACAAAGAACAAGCUUUCUCUAGCUGAACCAUAUACUGUACCAGGGGUUGAUCCGGAAGACCUAAUGCUUACUGCCUGCUUGGCCGCAUCAAGGAAGAAGAAAGGCAUCGAUGCCAUCGACAAGGCUUUCCUCAAGUCUCUACGCCACUAUCCGCGCGCUAAAUACGUGCUCAGCAAGUACAAAGCCAUCCGUUUUCAUCCAUUCGACCCAGUAUCCAAGAAAGUUCAGGCAGUCGUCGAGUCGCCCCAAGGUGAGCGCAUAACAUGCGUCAAGGGCGCUCCACUUUUCGUGCUUCGGACUGUUGAGGAAGACGGUGAACUUCCAGAGCAUGUCGUAGACUCGUACAAGAACAAGGUCGCGGAGUUUGCUACGCGCGGCUUUCGCUCGCUUGGUGUUGCUCGCAAGCGCGAAGAUGAGCGCUGGGAAAUUUUGGGCAUUAUGCCAUGCUCAGAUCCUCCGCGUCACGACACGUAUCGCACGAUCAACGAAGCGAAGUCACUGGGUCUUUCCAUUAAGAUGCUGACUGGUGAUGCCGUUGGCAUCGCGCGAGAGACGUCGCGUCAGCUCGGCUUAGGCACUAACAUCUUUGAUGCUGAGAAGCUCGGUCUGAGCGGUGGCGGCGAAAUGCCUGGUUCGGAGUUCUAUGACUUCGUUGAAGGUGCAGAUGGCUUUGCAGAAGUGUUCCCACAGCACAAAUACAACGUUGUAGAGAUUCUGCAGCAGAGAGGAUACCUUGUCGCGAUGACUGGCGAUGGCGUGAACGAUGCGCCUUCGUUGAAGAAGGCAGAUACUGGCAUUGCCGUGCAAGGCGCUUCUGACGCCGCCUGCUCCGCUGCCGAUAUUGUGUUCCUGGCUCCUGGUCUCUCUGCGAUCAUCGACGCGCUGAAGACCUCGCGUCAAAUCUUCCAUCGCAUGUAUGCUUAUGUCGUCUACCGCAUCGCCUUGUCGCUGCACCUGGAAAUAUUCUUGGGUCUUUGGAUCGCUAUUCUCAACGAAAGCCUGAACCUACAGUUGGUAGUGUUCAUCGCAAUCUUUGCUGAUAUCGCGACGCUGGCUAUCGCCUAUGAUAACGCGCCAUACAGCCGGACUCCUGUCAAAUGGAAUCUCCCCAAACUCUGGGGAAUGUCGAUCCUCCUUGGCGUCAUCCUCGCUGUAGGCACCUGGAUCACGAUGACAACGAUGCUGCCUUACCUCACAGGCGAGCAACAGGGCGUCGAAGGUGGCAUUGUCCAGAACCAUGGCCAGCGUGACCCUAUUCUAUUCCUCGAGAUCACACUGACUGAGAAUUGGCUUAUUUUCAUCACCCGCGCCAACGGUCCAUUCUGGUCAUCCAUCCCUUCAUGGCAGCUAGCUGGCGCGAUUCUGGUCGUCGACAUUCUCGCCACAUGCUUCACCAUCUUUGGCUGGUUUGUGGGAGGGAGAACGAACAUUGUUGCCGUGGUCCGUGUUUGGGCCUUUUCUUUCGGCAUCUUCUGCAUCAUGGCGGGAGUGUAUUAUAUCUUACAGGGUAGUCAAGGCUUUGAUAAUCUCAUGCAUGGAAAGCUUCUCAAGAGGAAACAGAAGCAGAGAAACCUUGAGGACUUCGUGGUUUCGCUGCAACGCGUGUCGACACAGCACGAGAAGACGACGUACCAUGAGAAGACGAAAUAG